AUGUUGUCAAUGAAUCCCUCCUUUUUCACGGAAUUAAAUGACUCUGGGUUACGGGAGAAUGAUCACGACGGCCGACCGGAGCUCCCCACCUACCCUCUACUAGGGAUCGGCGGUCCGCCUCUCCACGCCAGCACUCCCAGCACCAGCACCGGCACUGGUGCCAGCCCUGACGAUGCCUCGUCGGAUUCCCAAGACUGGCUCGCGCAGUCACCACCAGUUCAUCUGGAUGCCCAGCUCAAGGCAUACCAGCGAGCGAAUACCUUUGACUUGACUGUUCAAGCGCGAUUAGAUGGUGGCACGGACACACCCAAGGUGGAAGAAAUUGAUGAGAACUUGUUAAGCAGCAUCAAGCCUGAUGUGGGGGAAACGGACACUCCCGCUGCCGUUCCACGGAAACGUGGACGUCCGCGCAAACACCCGUUACCUGUCUCUGGAAAUCAGACCAAGGUCACCAAGGGUCGGUCGAAGACUGGUUGUAUAACCUGUCGUCGCAGGAAGAAGAAGUGUGAUGAGACAAAACCUGGAUGUCUUAACUGUCAGAAGAAUGCGGUCGUUUGCGAAGGCUACCCCGCUAAGGAAAUUUGGAAGAGUGGACGACAGAAGUUGGCUGAUGCAGCCCAAUCCAGUGGGCACUCCCUUGCAGCUGUACCGCGCAGCCUGCCCCUCCUCAUCGACGGCAUCGAAACGGAAGUCGACCGCCGGUUUUUAGAUCACUUUGUCUAUGGGUUCAGUCGUGUACUGACUCUGAUAAAUGAUGACUCAAAUCCCUUCAAGGAAAUCCUUCUUCCGAUGGCGACACAACACCGGGGGCUGAUGCAUUCACUCAUGUGCUUGUCUGGGUCACAUUUGUCGGGUCUGGAUCCCGAGCCCAAGCUGAAGGAACGAAAAUAUUUCCAUUUUCACCAUGCUAUCCAAGAUUUGAAGGAUAACAUUAAUGCAUCCUCAUCCAAGCAUAGCCCAGACGAGGAGGGAGAGCCACUGCUGGUGGAGGACCCGAUCAUCGCAUCCACCAUCGCCCUCAGCCUGAACACCAUCUGCGAAGGCGAGACCAGUGGCGAAUACCGACCGCACAUGGAUGCCGCUCGAUACCUAUUGGUUUCGCAGCAGCCCCGGAAUGAGAAAUUCCGUCAAUUCAUCGUUGAAUUCUUCCAAUAUCACGAUGUCUCAAAUGCCCUUACCUCGCUUGACCGCCGUCCCAACCUCUUUCACAACGACCCGCAUCUCCCGAACUUUGUCCCCGGCGCAUCGGCGGGCAUGUUUGUCGGUGUCUUCGACGGGCUAUUCAACUAUAUCUCCGACAUAACUCAGCUGCGGGACCGUAUCCGCGAACGCUACAGCGAAGGCUACGAGCCGGCAGUAGACUACCAGACCCUGAGCGAGGCAGUCUCCAUCGAUUCGGCCAUUCGAGCCUGGGAGACCUCCCACGAAGCCGACACCCCGAACUGGUACCUGGCUCAGCUCUACCGCCAGUCGACCUGGGUAUAUUUGUAUCGGACAAUCCGACCCUCGCGACCGAGCGAUAAAAUCGCUCAAGUCGUCGACGAUGGUCUAGGCUAUCUCGAUCGGUUGCCGCAGGAUGCGGCCGCCUACAGCAUUGUGCUGAUGCCGCUGUUCCUACUCGGUUGCUCAGCCUUCCUGACCGAGCAGCGCGAGCGCGUUGCACGGGGCUUCGAAGAUCUCAAGUCCUACUCAAACUUGCGCAAUAUCGAGCCCGCUUUCAAGGUCGUUCGGCGCGUUUGGGAUACUAUGGAUACCCGAAUGGAAGAAAGCUGGGAUUGGGAGAAGAUUAUUCGUGACAUGAAUAUGGACUUUCUGAUCACUUGA